CCGACAACGCAUUCCAGCCAUGGCAAUUCCGAGGACAUCCAUUGACCCUUUCCUCAACACCGGGCAAGUUUUCGCAGCCGAGCCAUCCUUUUGCGCGCAGUUAGCAGCUAAACGAUCAUGAAUGGUCUUUGAGGAUGGCGGGCUGGAGCACAUAUUGUGGUAUUCGGAUGAGGAUGGAGCAUCCGACAAGGAUGUGGACGAUUCGAGCGGGGAGUUUGACGAUGUCGAACCCGUGACAGGUGCUCCUCUCCCUCGGCUUCCUGACGAAGUCGGUGUUGUUCGCGCUGCACAGGAGUUUGCGAACAUCACAGAACUAAGGAAGGUCGUGGCGGAUGAUGCGGUGAAGAAGAAGUACGAGUUUCGGAUUGUGAAGUCCAAUGCGACAAGGUACACAGUGAAAUGCAAGGUGGAAGGUUGUGGUUGGCGACUGCACGCGUCAGCGGUGCACGGUGGACCGACGUUCAAGAUCAAAUCAAUGACCGCACACUGUUGUGCACGUGUGAGCAAAUUCUCGAACAAUGUCGUCACGGCUGCUUGGGUGUCACAGUGGAUAGAACCGAGACUGCGUAAUAAGCCAGACUACUCACCCGUCGAUAUUGUCAAAGAUAUAUACCGACAACACGGAGUGAGUAUCAAGUACCGACUUGCAUGGUCCGCGAAGGAAGUAGCGAAGGCGAAAAUUGCAGGGCUAAAUGAUGAUGGGUUCCACAAUCUGUGGAUGUAUUGCGACGAGGUUCAGAACUCUAACCCGGGGAGCCGUGCUUUCGUGCAAACAAAGGAAGGAUAUCAUCGGUUCAAGCGCAUGUUCUAUGCAUUGGAGAAGUAUCGGGCAACAUAUGCGGGGUUGAUUCAUCCACUGCGGCCGAGGGAGUUGUGGGCAUCCGACAAGGUUGCCGGAGACGCCGAUGGAAAAGACGGCGGUGAGGGGUCGGGAGUGGAGGGAGAUGACCUAGACGUGGUUGAAAGCAGCGUUUUGCCACCUGUUGCACGGGCUGGGCGAGGACGUCGAACAAAGGUUGAGCGGACGGGAUGCCAACCAAGAGUUUCAAGUGCAGUCUGUGUGGAGGGGACUGUGACUGGACUGGACUGGGACUAUGGCCUAUGAGACUGCGAAUGGACUGGACCGAGACUCAUCUAGGGCUGUGAAAGGUCACAGCCCCAGUACAGUCACAGUCCCAACUAAUCACACAGACAUGACCCUGUCUCAGCCUUAAAAUUGACUGUUCGUUUAGGAACCGACUGUAAAUUUUGCAAAAAUAUUUUUUAUUUGAGUCUGAAUGCGACGUAUGCCUCAGGGAACUGGAUUUUGGAAUGCUGCUUCGUGACUUUAAGUCGUUUUGCAAAAUUCACAGUGAGGUCCUAAAUGAAUAGUCAAUUUCAAG